CUGGGAGACGCCUACACAUUGCUUUGAGAAUAGAGAAUUCUAGGACACUUUAAGGAUCAGUAAACAAAGGAGAGUAAGCACCAGGAAAAAAGGAUUUGGAUUAAGCCAGAGGGCUUAGGAAGUGAGGAGAGCGAAUUUUCCGCUGGCUAACAAUUGAGAAAACUACACAAAAUGGAUGCUCUACGCUUUCGGGGCUCCCCCUUUGCCCGCUUUACGGGUCAAUCAACCGGACCCGGUCAUCCUAGACCGCCCACGCAGGCGGCGCGUCCUCAGCCGCAGGGCAACCACAGCAUCAUUGCACCCGAACCGCUCAUUGUGGUGGAGGAAUCCAAUCUGCCGGAGGAGCAGGAGCCAGAUAGCUCGGAGCCAACGGUCUCGAACCGUGGCAGCCUGGACAUCGACUCCCCCGUCAAUCCCUAUCUCCUGUCCCCCUGGCGUGAUCCUCGCGAGGCUCGCAAGCAUUCGCUGCCCUCGCAACAGGUCACCGAGGGCAUCACGGCCAGCCAGGUGCGAAGGCUCUCGGAGCGUGGCGGUGAGGGUUCGGGACCCACACCCAAGGAGGCCGCCUUCUUGGCCACAUUGUCACAGGCACCGGCUCCGACCGGAAGGCGCCAUUCGGUGGUCACCAUUUCGAAGGUGCCAACUACCAUUUUUGGUCGUUCGCGUCGGGAAUCCGUUGCCGCCUAUCCCAACAGCAAUGGGAGCAGCAGGAUUCUAAAUUCACGCCGCGAGAGCAACACUGGCCCCCCAUCGACGGAUCCCAUCGGCAGCAUCCACAAUCUGCAACUGGACAUUAUGGAUGACAUUUAUUUGCAAUCCCGGAAGGCACGCUUGAAGCUCUGGACCUCGUCCAAUGAGAAGGUUUGCGAGGUGCAAACGGUGGAUGAGGCUGGAACCGGUCAGCCGGGAAGGCGUUUCACCAAUCGCCGCUACUCCGAGUGUCCACAGCCGGGUCUGGCCAGCUCCUUUCGCCGUGCCUCCGAGUUUCCACAGCCAGGACAGCAGCCAGGACAACAACAGCAGCAGCAGACUCCAUCGCAGUUACAGAAUCGCGCCUCGACGCGUCGCAAGAAAUCUGGCAGUGGCACCGGACUCCUAGGAAGUCGCACCGACCUGGCUGGCAUCUUUAGUUCUUUGACCAGUUCGGCCAUGGAUAUGCAUCGACCGGAGCCGGAGGGCAGGGAUAAUAAUAGCUCCAGUGCCAGUUCAUCGGCCACAGCACCGGCCAGUAGUCCUUUUCUGAGUCAAACUUUUCAGGCGGCAGCUCGUGGGAGGGCCACCAGUGCCACACCGACACCAACGACCACCGGUGGUGUCUCGCAGGCGGGUGGAGCCAGUGGCUCUGGCACCACCGGUGGCCUACUCGAUCCUAAUGCCGGACGUUCCACGCGUUCCAACAGUUUCGAUGUGUCCUUGCUAAACAAUGCCAAGCAACUGGUGAGCGAUGCCCAGGAUAAUGGUUCGGCGGCGUUGUCCGGUUGGUUUGCCAAGCGACAUCAGCCGAUGGCACGGAAGAAGAGUGUGCGCAGCAAGAGUUCGGCGGUGGCCCUGUCCAAGGAUGUGCUGGAGCGGUUGCAGAAGAAGGAUCCACUUGGUGGGGAUUCCGGCAAGCCGAAGCUUAAGCCACGGGCCAAGAAAAAGAGCUGGGCGGAUGCCACCAAGGCGAAUAUUGUGGAUGCCACCAUUUUGGGCACCGCCAUCGAAGGAUUUCUGCGCAAGAGCUCCAAUGCCAGCAUGGCAGGAACUGGCUCAAGUGGUUCAAGCGGUGGUGGUGCCUCCACCUCGGCGGCGGCGGCUCGCGGUGCCACGCCCAAGGCUGGCAAGGAUGCGGGCAGUGCCAGCGGUAGUCCUGCCCAUGGAGCACGUCGCAGUCGGGCCUCGGCCGCUGGCAGUUCGGCUCAAUCGCAGGCGGGCAGGGCGGUGCGAUCCACAUUGAAUUGGUUUGGUAAGGCGGACGAGGAUGACUCGAAGGAUACGUGCGAUGCCUCGCUGUGUGCCACGCUCAAGGACCUGUUUGUCAAAUAGGUCGGGGGACGCAGAGGCAAGUAGAGCAGCCAAGGGUCGAGUCCCGGCUAAAAGCAGCAACAACGCCAGCUACUUGCACCUCUGAGAUCCAGGAAAGUCCUUAUCGAAAAUCGAAAAUGAAGCGAACCGAUGAAGUUUGAGGCUUACUAUACACAUACAUACGCACCAGUGAACAAUAAGCUCAGCAGCCAUGGAAUCACCACAACAAUAAUCGCACUCCGCAGGAUGCAGGAUGCACACACACAAUCGUCAGUCAACCAGGAAACAAAUAACGACAACCGCAUAGAAUCACAAAUACACAAACAAGCUCAUACACAGCAACCAUUUUGCACUUCAUAUAAUCCAAAGCGGAACAGUAACUGAACGAGAUAUUAGAACUGCAAAGUAAACCGUGUACCUAAGGAUCCAUUGGAACAAUAACGGGACGAACAGAGGCCGAUAUCGAUACCUAAUGCUUAUUGGUUACAGCAGAUAAUGAUCGAAUAGAGAAAUUAGCACUAAAACAGUAAACGGAACAGCAAUACACAGUAAUUAGACCAAAGAACAAAGAACCGGAGAGGUAGAAAGAGCACAGUAAAAGCACAGUAACAGCACAGUAAAGGAUCCGUAAUAGCACAGUAAGGGCACAGUACAAGCACAGUAAAGAAACAGAUUCAGAAUCAGAGUAACGGUGAACAAUAAGAGUACAAGAGAGAAACUAUAAUGGUACAAGUAACUUUACUUAAUGGUAAAUUGGUAAUUCAAUGCGAAACGAUAAGCGAUAAACAGUGAUCGAUAGGCAGAUAGUUAAGCGAUAAACGAUAGUGAUUAAGGCGAUGCUGCGAGGGAUUCAAGCCUAUCAGAGAUCAGAGAUGGGAAAUUAGAGAUCACAGAUCACAGAUCAAAGAUGAAAGAUCAUAGAUGUCAGAUCCGAGAUCACAGAUCAGGGACAGCAGGAAUCGAAGGAAAUGCCACCCAGGACUCAACCUCAGCUCACCUCAUCUAAUACCUCCAUUAAGACCGACCUCAUAUAUAGAUAAUUCUACAGAUAACUAUAAAUAUAAAUAUAUAUAUAUAUUCUCAUACAUUUGCAUACCAUUUGUAAUCGAAAAUCGAAUGUUGAAAAUGGCGAAAGUGCAGGAGAAACGAAGGAAUAUCGAUAUAUCGAAAUAUUUUUCUACGUGCAGAGAGCAAUUUAGGUUUGAGGAGUUUUGACAAAGAAUAAGACAUUGGAUAAUGGUUAACUGAAACAUAUAUCUGAAGCACAUAUAUGUAUAUAUAUCUUUUUUUUCCUGGCAGAUCGAGUGAAUGUUUGCCACAAGAAAUAUCACAAUAAAUACAAUACACUCUCAAUGAAAAUCAGCACGAAUACGUGCAAAUACCUACAGACAGACAUAUAUAUAUGUAUACACAUCACAAUAUAUAUAUAACAUAUAUAUACGCGUAUAGGAAAUAAAUGUCUAUAGACUUCAAAGUUUUAAUCAAUGUAAAACCAAACAAUAAAUGUAAUUUGUAUGUACAAUCUGAGCUUACUCGAGGCAGUUCAUAAAGCGCAUAACACACAAACAAAACUAAAUCGAGUCGAGCUGAAUUGAAAAUCGAAUAUAAUUUAAUGUUCGCGUUGAAUAUUUAAUGUUAAACGU